AUGGCUCAAUACUUUUUCGACCUUCUAUAUAACAUCACGGAUUGCAUGUGCUGUUUCCCCAGCACGCCGCAACUGAAAAUCAACAACCGCAGCUUCAAACUGCUGCGCCUUCUCGGUGAAGGUGGUUUUUCGUAUGUCUACCUCGUGCAAGACAAGUCGACGUCAGAGCUGUUUGCGCUCAAGAAAAUCCGAUGUCCGUUCGGCCAGGAAUCCGUCUCCCAGGCGCUGAAAGAGGUGGAGGCCUACAACCUAUUCACGAAUCAGACCAACAUCAUCCAUUCGAUAGACCAUUGCGUUUCGACUGAGCCGGGCUCGAAAUUCCGAUCGGACGGGGGCGACCCCGGUUCCAAGACCGUUUACAUCCUGCUGCCGUACUACCAACGCGGAAACCUCCAAGACUCUAUUAACGCUAACCUGGUCAAUCACACCCGAUUCCCCGAAAAGCGACUCAUGGUGUUGAUGCUGGGAGUCGCUACCGCCCUACGAUCGAUGCACCAGUACCGCGUGAAGAGUGGCGCCGGAACCACUCGUAAAGCGAAGGCUGUGAGACGCGAGGGUGAGGAGGCGGAUGCGGAGGUCGGCAUGCGCAUGCCGAAACCGAAACGACGCGCCAGCCAGAAGAUGGAUGAGGACGACGAGGAGAAUGAACCCUUGAUGGAUGACGAGGUCACGAGAAGCCAGGAAGGUAUCCAGGACGGCGAUUUGCGCCCGUAUGCGCAUCGCGAUAUCAAGCCUGGCAACAUCAUGAUCGACGACGACGGACAAACCCCGAUUCUGAUGGAUCUUGGCUCGCUCGCCCCCAGUCCCAUCGCCAUUACCUCGCGUUCGUUGGCGCUGGCGGUGCAAGACACCGCCGCCGAGCACAGUACGAUGCCCUACCGAGCGCCCGAACUUUUCGACGUCAAGACCGGGUCCGUCAUCGACACCAAGGUGGAUAUCUGGUCGCUAGGAUGCACGCUGUACGCGUGCUUGGUGGGAAAAAGCCCCUUCGAGGCUCGCAGCGAAGAGACCGGUGGUAGUCUGAGCAUGUGCGUGCUGGGUGGAGACUGGAGGUUCCCCGACGAAAAACCGAGCACUGGCAAGGGCAAAGGCAAAGCUGGCGAGGAAGCACCCAAGGACGGCGCCACCUCGAUCAGCCCGGCCGUCAAGGAGGUUGUCCGCAAAUGUCUGCAGGUGGAGCCGGCGGAGCGCCCGGACAUCGACGAACUGAUUCAGAUUCUGAAGGAUGUCAUCACAGAACUCGGGGACGAUGACAACAUGGCCGGUAGCUCGAGCUGA